UGUUUUAUCUUCAGUUUUGACUUUCUGUAGACAUUAACCUGAUUCGCAUUUAUAAUCAAUGUUAGUCUGCGUCUACGACACCAGUUCAACAAACUAGCCGUUAGCUUUAGCGGUGUAGCUAAGCUAAACUGUCACUAGCCUGUUGCAGCAGAAACAAAGCGGUGAGAAAUGGAGACAAGAGCCCUGAGGAAUCCGUAUGAUGACUAUGAUGGGAGCCCUGCGCGCACACAGGCGCUGUUUGACUCUCAUGGAAAGCUCACAUCAGAGUUUUCCCAGCGGCUGAGCAGCAAGAUCAGUGAACUUUUAGCUGUCAUGGAAAACGGGCUGAAGUCUGCUGACCCAAGAAAUUGCACAAGUUACACCGGAUGGGCAGGAAUUGCUCUGCUCUACUUGCACCUCCACAAUGUGUUCAAGGACUCGUCCCUUCUUCAGAAAGCACGAGAAUAUGCCGAACGCAGUCUGAAGUGUUUGACCCGACGACAUGACGUCACUUUCCUGUGUGGGGAUGCUGGGCCCCUGGCUGUUGCUGCUGUGAUCUACCAUCGCCUGCAGAGGAUGGAAGAGACCGAUGAAUGCAUCAGCAGACUGCUGCAGUUCCACCAGACCGUGGUGAAAGGCUCAGGCGGGCUGCCUGAUGAGCUGCUCUACGGGCGGGUGGGCUACCUCUACUCCCUCGUCUUCAUCAACCAGCAGCUCGGCCAAGACCGGAUCCCACUGCAGUACAUCCAGCAGAUCACCGAGGCCAUGCUCGCAUCAGGCGAGCACCUCAGCAGGAAAUUCAGGGUGCAGAACCAAAGCCCUCUGAUGUAUGAGUGGUACCAGGAGCAGUACGUUGGCGCCGCCCAUGGCCUGGCUGGCAUCUACUACUUCCUCAUGCAGUCGGGCUUUGUCGCUGUGGAGGAGCACAUGCACAGGCUGGUGAAGCCCAGCGUUGACCACGUCUGCCGUCUCAAUUUCCCCUCGGGAAACUACCCUCCCUGCAUCGGGGACGACCGAGACCUGCUGGUGCACUGGUGCCACGGCUCCCCGGGUGUGGUCUACAUGCUCCUGCAGGCAUACAAGACCUUCGGGGUGCCUCAGUACCUGCAUGACGCCCUGCAGUGCGGGGAGGUCGUGUGGCACUUCGGCUUGCUGAAGAAAGGCUACGGGUUGUGUCACGGCGCGGCGGGUAAUGCUUACACCUUCCUGGCUCUGUACCGACAAACACAGGACCCCAAGCACCUUUACAGAGCCUGCAUGUUUGCAGACUGGUGCAUGAACUACGGCAAGCAUGGAUGCCGAACACCAGACACUCCCUUCUCGCUUUUUGAAGGCAUGGCUGGCACCAUCUACUUCUUGGCCGACCUUCUGCAGCCAAUGAAAGCAAGGUUCCCAGCUUUUGAGGUGUAAAAGUUUCCCCACAGGUAGUCCCUCCCCCUCCUGCCCACACUGAAGGGAAAAUAAAACCAGAAGCAAACCCACACUUACGCUCUCUGUCACGCUUCACUUCAUCUUGAUAAAUGAAAUUGUGGGACAGACGUGCCAUGUUUUUCCUGCUCUUUCUCUUCUGGGGACUUGACGUGUUAUUAACAGGAUAAAUCCGAUGCUCACAUCUCAACUACAUCAUUAUCUCGAGGAUUUAUUGGGGUUUUUUUUGUAUCUUUGCUUCUCAGAUUGUGCCGUCUUUCUGGCUUUAAGCAAACAAGGAACGAAGUUAGUUCUGAUUUUUCAUCUGUCAAAAUAUGAUUUUAAGUAGUGGGGAAAUCCAGUGGUGUUAUGUUAGCACUUAACUGCUGUAUAUUGUGUAAGUUUGAUAUGUAAAAAAAAAGGAAAUGGAUGCUUUAGUUUGCUAUUCCGUCAUAAGCAAAGUUGCACUAAAUAUGAAACAGUACAAGCUGUGGCAUGUGUUAAAGGAUUAACCCUAAAGCGUAAACUGUUGCCUGUCCUUUGCACCGUCUGAGCAAUAAAUCUCGUUUUACA